CACUUGGGGAGAGAAAGGGCAUGGUGGACCUGCUUUGCCAAUGACUGCCAGAGAGCUCUCAACUUCUCUGGCAGAGACUGGCUCAAAAUGAAAGGAGCGUACGCUGGCUUCUGAAAUCCUGGAUUUGGGGCACGACCGAGAAGGGAACUUUGCAGUCUGAGACUCAGAAGGAAUUCCGGGCUGGGCUUGGCAAACGUGAGAGGCCGAGAACCCCUUCCCUUUGAAACUCACAGCAACUUGCACAGCAUCUUCUUCCCCUCUGCAAAACAAAUGACAACAGCACACCUCUAGAUGCCUCAGAGUGGCUAGAAUGCGGCGUCUGGCUCUAGCAGACUCCAGCCCUCAGAAGACCUGGGAAGGAGACUGACUUCUGCUCCCCGCCUCCAGGACAGCCAAAGAGACCAGGAGAGGCAGGGGCACUCCGCAACGCGCCUCACCUGCUGAGCUGAUGCUCUGGUUGGCCAGCAGCCUUUCUGUUGCACCCUCCCUUCCGGUCUGGAUACGCUAUGACCCACUGUGAGCACCCCUGGCGUUGGCCUGUUUGAGAGGCUGGCCCUCGGCUGGCCCUUUGACCUGGGGAAACCUUUCUGAAACCUGAGCCAGGGCCAUGUCUUUGGAAAGAUCCCAGAACCUGCCCACAAUUCCUGAAUCAGAGGCAUCGGCGAACUUAGAUGAUGAGGCCUUCCUGCCCAAUGACGCCAGUAACUCGCAGCCCCUGGCCAAACAAGACUCUUCUUCCUGCAAGUCACCCAACUCGCCAGUCUUCACUGUCCAUUCCCCCACCUACAUCAUGAAGCUGAAGGUCAACAGGUGCAUCCAGGAGUUCGGUCGGAGAGCAAGAGGGGUCAUAGGCUUCGAGGUGGAGAAUGGCCCGUCACCUGGGCGCAGCCCACUGGAUUCCCAGGCCAGCCCAGGCCUGGUGCUUCACCCCAGCUUCCCGCAGAGCCAGAGGCGUGAGUCCUUCCUGUACCGUUCAGACAGUGACUAUGACAUGUCGCCAAAGACCAUGUCACGCAACUCCUCCGUUGCCAGUGAAGCACAUGCUGAAGACCUGAUAGUGACACCGUUUGCCCAGGUCCUGGCGAGCUUGAGAAGUGUCCGCAAUAAUUUCUCCAUCCUGGCAAAUGUGCCCACGCCAACAUCCAAUAAGAGGUCGCCCAUGGGCAGCCAACCAACAGUUUGCAAAGCCACGCUCUCAGAAGAGACAUACCAGCAGCUCGCCAGAGAGACCUUGGAGGAGCUAGACUGGUGCCUUGACCAGCUGGAGACCAUUCAGACCUACCGCUCUGUCAGCGAGAUGGCAUCCAACAAGUUCAAAAGAAUGCUGAACCGUGAAUUAACCCAUCUCUCUGAAAUGAGCCGCUCCGGAAACCAGGUCUCUGAAUAUAUUUCCAACACCUUCUUAGACAAGCAGAAUGACGUGGAGAUCCCAUCCCCAACACAGAAAGAGCGGGAGAAGAAGAAGCGUCAGCAACCCAUGUGCCAGAUCAGCGGCGUCAAGAAACUCAUGCACAGUUCCAGCCUGACCAAUUCCAGCAUCCCCCGCUUUGGGGUCAAAACUGACCAGGAGGAGUUGCUCAGUAAGGAACUGGAAUACCUAAACAAGUGGGGCCUUAACAUUUUCCGGGUCGCCGAGUACUCCAACAAUCGGUCGCUCAGUUGCAUCAUGUAUACAGUUUUCCAGGAAAGAGACUUGUUGAAAACGUUCAAAAUACCCGUGGACACAUUAGUCACUUACAUCAUGACGCUAGAAGACCACUACCAUGCCGAUGUCGCUUACCACAACAGCCUCCAUGCUGCUGACGUCACGCAGUCCACGCAUGUGCUCCUGUCUACACCAGCUUUGGAUGCCGUCUUCACUGACCUGGAGAUCCUGGCUGCCAUAUUUGCUGCUGCCAUUCAUGACGUGGACCAUCCUGGCGUCUCCAAUCAGUUCUUGAUCAAUACCAAUUCGGAGUUGGCGCUGAUGUACAACGAUGAGUCCGUGCUGGAGAACCAUCACCUGGCUGUGGGUUUCAAGCUUCUGCAGGAGGAGAACUGCGAUAUUUUCCAGAACCUGAGCAAGCGGCAGCGUCAGACCUUGCGCAAGAUGGUCAUUGACAUGGUCUUGGCUACUGACAUGUCCAAACAUAUGAGCCUCUUGGCUGACCUGAAGACAAUGGUGGAGACCAAGAAAGUGACCAGCUCAGGGGUGCUGCUGUUGGACAACUAUACUGACAGGAUACAGGUCCUGCGGAACAUGGUUCACUGUGCGGACUUGAGCAACCCCACAAAGCCUCUGGACUUGUACCGGCAGUGGACGGACCGGAUCAUGGAGGAGUUCUUCAGGCAGGGCGACAAAGAACGGGAGCGAGGCAUGGAGAUCAGCCCCAUGUGCGACAAGCACACGGCCUCCGUGGAGAAGUCACAGGUGGGCUUCAUAGACUACAUCGUGCACCCGCUGUGGGAGACCUGGGCAGACCUGGUCCACCCUGACGCACAAGACAUUUUGGACACCCUCGAGGACAACAGGGACUGGUACCACAGCAUGAUUCCCCAGAGUCCUUCUCCGCCUCCGGACGACGCGGAGAAAGACGAGGAGGCCUGCCUGGAGAAAUUCCAGUUCGAACUGACCCUGGAGGAGGAGGGAGAAGACUCAGAGCAGUCCGACAAGGACCACAGCAGCCCUGGCGAGGAGGACAACAGCUACUACACGGCCGCAGAGGAACACCAACACGAGUCCCUGGAAGGGCAGGACGGACUAACGGACGACACAGUAAAUGGCACGUCUCCUGAUACGUCAUGACUGUGGGGAAAGGACAAUUGAAACAAACAAACCAACAAAAACCACACACACACACACGCACACACACACACACACACACUCUGAAGUUUUCACAAGGGAGGGGUGGGGAUAAAAAAAAAAAACCGAGAGAAAAAAAACUCAUUUUUUUAUUUUUAUUGUAUUUUUUAUAAAAAGAAAAUCAACAACAAAAAAAGUGGUGGGGGUGAGGGAUACACACAGCAACUGUAGAACAAGGGUGGCACAGGCAGGAGGCAGCAGCCCUGCAGCUUCAGUGACCGGCCCGAGCACUCCAGAAAUAAUCUUACCUUGAAUUUGCUUCUUUUACUGUUGCAGGGUGGGGGUUAGGGUUUUUGUUUUUGUUUUCGUUCGUUCGUUUUCAAAUUUUAUUUUGCUAACUUUUAUUAAAAAACGGAAAGAAAAGAAAAAAGACAGACUGGUACAACCAGGAACAGGAAGAGGAGGGUGCUGAUGUACGUCGCUGUGGCAGAGGCAAAGCCGGUGGAAUCCUUUCCUUUAAAAAAAGAAAAGGGAAAAAAGGUCGCAAGCAGACGCAUUGGUCACAUUUUGUGGUUAAGCAGCAUGGUUUAGCGUGUUGUCUGAACCAGGCCAUUGUGGGAUCUCGGCACCAAAAACGAGUCACAAAUUUACCCCCUCUGUUGAUUUGGCUCUUUAGGGGUUGGCUCACUGACCAGUGCCUUUAUUCUGGGUGUUGGACUACAAACCCCAUCAUUCCCUAACCCUGCUAGAGGGGGUUGAGGGGAGCUGUAGUCCAACAUGGUUCUGGAAGGACACAGGUUCCUUGGCUUUGCUUUAUUCCUUUGCCCAUCACAGCAUAACCCUCCUAGCUGAGAAACAGGGUGUUUGAAAAGUUGGGGAACGAGCGGUUUGAAUCAUGCUGAUUUUUGUAAGUUAUUUUUUUAAACUAGUGCUAAUUUAUUUUUGUGAGUCUAUAUAAGUUUGGUUUUAUUAUGGAUUGCUGAGAAGAAA